CCCCCCCCCCCCCCCCCAAAACAAAAAUCUGCAUACGCCAUCAUUCUCCCGUACCCCUAUUUUUUUUUUUUUUUUAGUUUUCCCCGGGUGUCGGGGUAUGUCUACAAGUAAGCUGACGUUGGACUGCCGAGACAGGAAGUCAACAAACAAAAUGUCAGCUGAAAACAAAGAGCUUUUCUCCUUGCAGUGGGAGCCUUACCCCCUCACCGCGGGGGCGAGAGAGACCCGCCAGAACGAGGGACCGCUGGCUUCAGACUCGGACUCCGAAGGGUCGUUGGCCCGCGGCUACCGCUGCAGGCUCUGCAGCUACGAGACCAGAGAGCUGUCCAGCUUCAGCGAGCACCUGAGAGCGACGCACCCCAUUGAUCUCAAAAGACCGUCUGCCGGCAACCCCGAAACCGCGCCGCGCAACGGAGAAAUCCUUCCCCCCGGGCCUGGGAGGAAAAGCGAGGGGGGCAGUAAAGAUCGCGACGUCGUCGCCGUCCCGGGGAAGCGCAAGCGGAAAUUGCUGACCGUGCCUAAGGAAGACCCCCGGGGAAAAGUCAAGACCCCUAAGCUGCCUCAGAAAAACUCAGCCGCUAAUUUCAGUACCAACCACAACUCUGUGGUCUGCCUCCCGCUGGUCUCCGAGGGACUGAAGCUGGUGUGGACCCAGUCUGACCAGACCAGCGCUCUGGAUUCGGAUGACGGGCUGGUGGAGGCGUUCAACCGGUUCCCUUACCCGUCGGCUGGGGAGAUCCAGCAGCUGUGCAGGGCCUCGGGGCUGCCCCUGGACAAGGUGAAGGUCUGGUUCAUGGUGCAGAGGAUCAAGUACGGAAUCAGCUGGUCUUCGGAAGAGAUCGAGGAGACGAGGCUCAAGCUGGGGCAGGUCAAAGGAGAGGAGGAGGGCGAAGAGGAGGAGGAGGAGGAGGGGGCUGUCGAUUUAGGGGAGGAAGUGAACGGCCUCGAACGAAACGGGGUGGCGAAAACGGAGGAGAACGGGAACACCCGCCUCUCGCUGACCAACGGCUUGAAACCCGAGCUGCAGGGAGGGAGUGCCUGCCCCGUCGCCGCGACGACCGGCGCCAACGGAGCGGCGACCGGGAGCGUUAAGAAGAGCAGCCGGGAUGUUUCCUCAUCUCCUCUGUCGGCGAGCAGUGCGCCGCAAGCUCCUGUUUCUUCCCCUUCCCCGGCCAGCGGCCGCUACAAGAAGUCAAAAGCCCAGCUAGCGGCGCUCCGGUCCAGUUUCGGCGGACAGCACUUCCCCAGCGAGACGGAGCUGCGCCGGCUGCAGGACGAGACAGGUCUGACUCGCAACGAGAUCCGCAAGUGGUUCAGCGACAGCCGCUACCAGCUCAAGAAUAACCGGGCGUCUGGAGGGAACCCCGCUCCCGGCAUCCCUGUUGCCAGUCCCAACCCCAACCCCAGCUCCUUCUUUGAAUCCUUCCUGAACCGCAGCCUGGAGGCGGUGCGCGGGCUGGGGAGUGCCGAGGAGGAAGGGCCGGCGGGAGGAGGAGGAGGAGGAGGAGAAGGAGAAGGAGAAGGAGAGGCGGAGGAGAGGCUUCCUGUCGAAGAGAAGUCGGAACCAGGGCCGAUGCAGCAGACCCCGCUGCAGGGCAAUAGCAGAUCGAGGACUUGCGCCAGGAAGGGAAAAUCUACUCCCGUCUCCUUGCCGGGCCCCUCCCCCUCUGACCCGCCGGGCCCCUCCCCCCUGACCCCCAGCGGUCGCCGACGCAAGACCAAAGAGCAGCUGGCCAUCCUCAAAGCGUUCUUCCUGCGCUGCCAGUGGCCUCUGAGCUCCGAUUACUCACAGCUAGUGCUGGAGAGCGGGCUGCCGAGACCAGACGUGAUCCAGUGGUUCGGGGACACGAGGUACGCAGUCAAGAACGGCCAGCUGCGGUGGGUGAGGGGGGCGGGGGCAGGCUCGGACAUUGCUUCCGACAUCCUGCAGCAGCAGCAGCAGAGCGCUCCCCACAUCGCCGCUGCCCCCAGCAACGGCAGGGCGAAACGGAGGAGGGAGGGUGGGAGCAACGCGGGGGUCAGGCAGGGAGCCAGUGCCGAUGCUGCGGCCCCGGGUUCGAACCCCAGUGUUGACAUGCGCCCCCUGGAGAGGUAUUUGAGCUCCACAGGGUUCCUGCAGGAGCGAGAUUUGGACCUUUUGUGCAAAAAGUCGAGGAUGACUUACCAGCAAGUACGGGACUGGUUUCUGUGCCAGCAGCUGGGCAUGGCGGAGGUAGAGGUGGAUAUUAGCGACGGGGAGGAGUGAGGGGGGAGGGACUUUUUAUACAACUGCUUUUACAGCGUUUCUGUUUUCCCCCAUCACUAACUUUUACAGCACCUUCCGUUUUUAAAUAUUUUUUUUUCUUUCCACAGUUUGGUCAUGUUGACAGAAAA